AUGGAACAAGACAAUAAGAUUCCUUGGUAUUUGAAACAAACUGACAAAGAAUUGAUAGAAAAAUUCAAAUUCAUUCAAUAUCAAGAAGAUGAAAGAUUAAGGGAAGCAACUAACGGUACAGCAGAUUCGCGAUGGUCUCUCGGUAUAAGUGUUCUCGAGGAAAAUGACCUUAGGAAUAGAUAUGUCAAUAUUAUGCCCUACGAACGAAAUAGGGUCGCACUUGAUGUAGUAAAUGGUAACGAUUAUAUCAAUGCAUCUUAUAUUAAAGUCGAUAUCCCGCAACAAAGUAUAAAUCCGGGGCAUUAUAUAUCUACCCAAGGUCCUACUAAAUAUACUUGGCAACAAUUUUGGCAAAUGUGCUACCGAGAAUGUCCCAAUGAAAACAUCGUCAUUGUUAUGGUGACACCGUUAAAGGAACAUGGUAGGGAGAAAUGUUACCCAUAUUGGCCCAUGGGUGGACAAUCUGAUGUAAUUAAAGUGGCACCAAGGAUUCAAUGUCCCGGAGGUGACAAGAAUAGGCCUAAUACCACUUCGACAUUUUUUUCAGAAUUACAAAUAGAGUAUAUAACGAGUGAAAAACACGAUGAUAACUAUACUUUAACCACUUUGAAUUUGAAGCCAACAAACCCAAAGUUGGGCCCACCAAAACUUGUGCAUCAUUUUUAUUUCGAUAAAUGGAGAGAUAUGAGUAAACCAGAAGAAGUUAUACCCAUAAUGAAACUUUGUAAUCAUUCUCAUAGUUUGAAUUCAGGUGGGAAUCCAAUAAUUGUUCAUUGUUCCGCUGGAGUUGGUAGAACAGGGACUUUCAUUGCAUUAGAUCAUCUUAUACAUGAUACUUUGGAUUUUCAAGCACAAGAAAAUACUAUUCUCGAGGUAAAGCAAUAUAAGAGGGACUUAAUUGAACAAAUAGUUCUUCAGCUAAGAUCCCAGCGUAUGAAAAUGGUUCAAAUUAAGGAUCAAUAUAUAUUUAUAUAUCAUCUGGCCCUUCAUUUACGAGAAAAAUUGGCUAAGAGGGUCAAGAAAUAG